AUGGCGCAGAGUCCAGCAGGUAGCGCUAUAAAAGCUCUUCAACUUGAACUCAAGAAGAUCCAGGCAGAACCUGUAGAAGGAUUUCGUGUGAAACUAGUGAACGAUGACAAUCUGUUUGAGUGGGAAGUGGCGAUUUUUGGACCACCAGGAACUCUAUACGAGGGUGGUUACUUUAAGGCUCACAUGAAAUUUCCUCCAGAUUACCCCUACUCACCUCCCAGUGUGCGGUUCAUUUCUAAAAUGUGGCAUCCAAAUGUAUAUGAGAAUGGAGAAGUGUGUAUUUCCAUCUUACACCCCCCAGUUGAUGAUCCACAAAGUGGAGAACUUCCUUCAGAGAGAUGGAACCCGACACAAACAGUCAGAACAAUUUUACUCAGUGUGAUUUCAUUGCUGAAUGAGCCAAAUACCUUUUCACCUGCUAAUGUUGAUGCCUCAGUAAUGUUCAGGAAAUGGAAGGAAUCCAAAGGAAAGGAAAAAGAAUAUGAAAAUAUCAUUAGAAAACAAGUUCAGGCUACAAAAGAAGAUGCAGAAAGAGACCAAGUUAGAGUACCCACCACAUUACAGGAAUACUGUGUCUCAUCCAUACCAACUCAUGAUAACCAAGUGGAUGCAGACUUUUAUGAUGACACAUAUGUGGACGAUCUCGAUGAUGAAGAGGAGGAUAUGUACCAUGAAGAUGAUGAAGAGGAUUCAGGCAAUGAAGAGUCUUGA